AUGCUUAUUGAAUGGCAUUCAUUUAGAUCAUCUAAUGUUACAAUAGAUUCUCGUGCUGCCAAUUUUACUCCACUUGAUCCAACGGUUAAUAGUCAUUUUUCUCCUGAUAUGAAAUUAAAUAUUGUUUCACGAUUAUUUAUUGAAAAUUGGAUAAGUUCUACUGAUUUUAGUUUCUAUUAUAAUCAAUGUGCACCAGAUAAAUGUAUUUAUAUCUAUGAAGAAUGUUUUAAUAGAGCUUAUGUUAUCGCAACAAUACUCGAUAUAAGCGGUGACCAUUCUACUGCACUUCGAAUAUUGAUUUUACCUAUUGUGAAACUAUUUCGACGAAUGUAUUAUUAUUGUUGUCGACCUUAG